CUUUUAUCUUCUCCAUCUUUAUAUAGUCUAGGUUUCGUUGGCAACCCUUCAACUGUUCUCCUAGAUAUUUGGCUUCAAUUACGGAGCUCGCUUUAGGCUCCUCUUGACCGAGUCUCUUAAGGUGUUAGCUCACUUUCUGUCGUGACCUCUGCUAUGAUGUCUCCCAGGUCCAGUCGUCAGCUCGGCUUUCAGCUCCCUUUGUUAUGAUGGGCUUAUCGCAACCCACAUGCUAGCUCACGCUUAUCGGUACCUCACCUGAGGGUCAUAUUCGGGUCCAACAGUUGCCCCCAGCUUCCGAAUAAAAUCCUUUGUCUCGGAAGCUAGAAUCUAGCUAUCGAUCUUAUCUUUUCGUUAAGAUAAUGAUUAGUUCUUAUCCUAUUUAGAUUCAGCUUACUCGAUCUAACGGUCUUUAUUACGUUUGGCAGAAUCUAUGGUUCAGAUGGAGAGGGUUUGAAAUGACUUUUCCGAAUCUCGAGAGGUGAUGGGAUAUAAAGCGGUGAACAUUAACUGCUAGCCUUCCACUUUCUCCACGCCUCCGUUCGGUUUUCAAGAAAUCGAAGAUCCCCCGAAGCUCUCUACCAAGCUCACCAGGGCUCUAUACCGCAAGUUGCAACAGAGUCCCUGUACCUGGGUGGCCUACACCACUUCUCGAAUAAGUGCAGCCAGAUUCCCAGAUACCUACAACGCCUCUUUCCAAGAUCCCAUUCCUGCUGAGAACCUUGAGAGUGAGUUCUUGUCCGAACCUUUUCAAUGAUUUUAUCGCUUUGAAGUUUUUAAACUUAAGGAUUUCCAUUGUUCCAGUUUCGGCAGGCGAUUCGGUUGUAUCGAUCUCAACUGGUGCUAGUGCUUCGGGAACUGAAAAGUCUCAGCCAGGUGACAUGACUCUGCGACCGUCAUUCCGUUCUAGGGGUAACCCCUCUAAAGCUGCCAGUGCUUCUCGUGGAAGCGACAGGAACCAAGGAGGAUCGUUCCUUAUCUCAAUGAAGGAAGUUUUGGACGACGGAGGAUCCAAACCUGUUGUCGAGACUACUCCAACUGAGGUUGUAGCUCAGGAUGCUGCUCCUCUCCCUGAGGUCCAGGUGCCGGAGGCUGACUACCAGGCUCCGAAGGGUACCUCUGAGAUCGAGCCGUCGAGACACAAGAGGCCCAGGAUCGAUCAGGGCGGAGCUUCCAUCCGUUCUUCUUCCUCGUCCUCUAGAGGAGGGACUGUUGGGUGGAGCUUUACCCAUUCGAAGCCUGGGUCGAUCCUGGAUGACUCUUGGGGCCUAGCUGCGAUAAUGAGGCACCUGAAGAGCGUGGGAUGUCCCCUUCCAGCGCUCAAGGACCUGACUAACCGAGAUGAGUAUCUCGAUAUUGCCCACUGUAUGGGUCAGUUGGCUGGGGCUGUUAACAGGGCCCAGCUCAGGUUUGAGAAUGCUCUGUGUGCUGCCCCCAAUGCUGGUGAACUUGCUGAGGUUACCGAGAUGGUUAAGGCAGCCAAAACCGAUCUUGACCAAGCCCGGGUUCGAAUUUCUGAACUCGAAGCCGAAGUGACGAGGCUAGGCUCGAAGGCCGAUGCUCAGCAAGGAGAGAUCGAGAGUCAAAAGCUCGAUAUCCAGGUGAAGAGCAGGAGGAUCAAUGAUUUAGAGGCUGCUCGAAAGAUAGCUGAGCAUCAAGUACGUGAGCUCAUUGCCUCAUCCCGGGAUAGCCAGAAGAACAAGGAAGCUGAAGUCAAGCUGGCUGUCAGGGAAGGGAAGAAAGAAGUCGCCGAAGCUUACGGCAAGAUCCUGGUCUGUGUUAAGGAGAAGUUUGCUAGGAAGAAAGAUGAGGUCGACGCUUUGGUGUACGCUCAGGAGCUCCAAGCUAAUGCCGACCUCUUGAAGGAUAUGCUGAACAACAAGAUCCAAAGCGUUGAAGAGGAGUACAACCAAUUGGUGGCCUUAUUACCAGAAGCGACAACUGCGUAUGAGAAGGCUCAAGUCUCUGACUUCUCGGUCAGCAAGCUUCCUCUUCCCCAGAUCUCGGAGAGUUCAGGUACUUUCGAGAUUAACAUGUUUAAUCCAUCCUUUUCUGGGGAGUAUGGCUCUAAUUUGGGUUUGAUGGCUCCUGACUUAGCUCCAGUCGAGGCAGCAAUAGGAGGUGACGGCAAUGUGGUCGAUGAGGGAGUUCCUGCCGGUGCUGGUGAUCCGAUUCAGGAAGAGAAGGAAGAUUGAGAGCUACGGCUCUUUUAACUUUAUGUUUUGUGUUUUUAAGACUUCGGCCUAAGGGCUUUGUUUCGUUAUGUUUUGUGACUUAGUGCCUGAGGAGGCCUUUAAACCUUAACGCUUGCUGGAUUUCAAUAGCCUGGGGAGGUUUUUAAACCCUUUCUUAUGUUUAAAUCGUGGCUAUUAUUUCUGUUUUAAGUUUUUGAACUUAACCUCGUUUCAUUUAAUCAUAGUGAUUGCGAAUCUCA